GUAAUGGAAGGCGACGAUAUAUUUUUAUUAGGUUAGCGUAGGAAAGAGAGAAAGCUGUACUAGAAAGGCGAUGACAUUUCCUUAGUACGUAUAAGCAGUGUCAGCUGUGCUCUUCUCGCUGAAUAUAAUGAAUUUAGGAAAGAUACAAGGGAAGCAAGAGGCGUAGGAAGGGCAAAGGGUGUAAUAGGAACCUGAUGACCGCUCUACAGUAGUUUGAAAGUUCUCUUUGUACCCCUGUUAGUGAAUACAAUAGUUUCGGCAGCUCGCUCCAUUACCCAAUAGAGGGACAAACAAAGCCACCCAUCCCCCGCCCAUUACAGCACCUGCCCAACCCCAUCAGGCCCCGGUAAAGGUGUAGGAACGCCCCCGACAUCCCACGUAGCUCAAGUGCGACAAGUAUACCCGUGAAUGUGUGUGUGUGUGUCAGUGUUCGUGUUGGCGCUGAUGUCCUGAAGGCCGCGCCACGCACAUACACACGCCAACGAGCCACGGCGACGGGGAACAAUAGAGGACAGACGGAGGCACAGAACGCACAGGGGGAGGCAGGGACACUAGCGGGGAGGGGGAGGCAGGACACUAUUGGAGGGUGAGGGUGGAAGGGCGGGAGGGCGGUGGACGCGAGCAGCAGCAGGACGGGAACGGCAGGAAUGAGAAGCCGCCAGUGUCCCUCUGGCUGCCGUGCCGUCAACACCGCGACCCGCCCUGCCUCUCGCUCCGCCUGACUCCGGCUCCGACCCGAUCUGCCGCGCCGCGCUGCCCAAGUUCCUCAACUCUUUAUUUAUCUCCCGUUGAAAGUGAACCGAAAGGAAGACCCACGACUGAACCCCAAGACAAGUACGUGAACAAUGACGAAAUCCGUGAAAUAAGAAAUAAUAUCAUAGAACCAUCGGAAAGAACUUAGACUCAGAGUUGAAGGACAAAAAAAUAGAAAAAAGUAAAAGGUGUCAGUCGGUAUAUUUUAUCUGGUCUUUAGCGUGAAUUCCCACCGACGACACCCAGCGAAUGCGAGUCAAGUCCUUCGGGGAGACCACAAGAGGCGCCGUGACUCCCGCGGCGCCGCUGUAACGUGGAGGAAAGGAGUCAGGGCGGCGGGGUCACGUAGGGCCCCGGGGACGCUUUAGGAGGCGCGCACUGCAUCUUCAACACGUCCCGCGGGCUGGGGAGGGAGCGGCGACGAGGCGGAAGGGGAAAAGAAGGCGAGGACGAGGAGCUGAGAGGAAAUAUUACGAGGACCAAGGGAGGACUCGAGGGUCGAGUAAGGACAGGGGAGGCGAAGAAGAGAAAGAGAAGGAGAAGCGGAGGUAAGGGGAAGAAUUAGAGUGAAGGACUAGAGGAGGAGUGAGUGAGGACAGACCAGACGAAGAAGAGAAAGAAGAAGAGAAGAAGAGGAGGUAAGAGGAAGAAUUAGAGUGAAGGACUAGAGGAAGAGUGAAGGACAGGCCAGACGAAGAACAGAAAGAAGAAGAGAAGGCAAAAGGAAAAGUGAAGGACAGGUCAGACGAAGAAGAGAAAGAGGAAGAGAAGAAGAGGAAGUAAGAGGAAGUAUUGAGUGAAGAACUAAAGGACGGGUGAGUGAGGAAAGGUCAAACGAAGAAGAGGAAGGACAAUAAAACAGCAGACGAGGGGUUCAAGAAGAAGAAUUAUAGGAAAGUGUGCAGGAAGGAAGAUAAACGACGAGAAGAGUAAUUGAGAGGAGAAAAAGGUGAUACUGAACGGGGUGAUGAAGGUAAAGGUGCUGAUGGUGUGAGAAAGACGACCGAGGAAAGAGAGGGAUUAAAUAAAAAAGACAAGGAAAGAGGAUUGAAUAGAAUGGUUUACCAGUCUGUUUAGUCUGUCUGUGAAUGCAUUUCUGAGGUUAAACACUAUUUGUAUCACCCAUUAAGAGUGCAGACACAGCUAAUGGGGUAACAAGACUCCUGUAGCAGUAUCGUAGGACAGCUGACUACAAGUGUUGCAAUUGGAAUCUGUAAGCCAACACAGCACUAGAGACGGCAAGCAGAGGAGUCAGGACAUUACCACAACUCCGAUAGCAACAUUACAGCAAUAUCAGCACCUAUACACGGCACUGACAAGACCAUCAUAACGUUACUGGCAUCUGUCCGGGAAUUACAGGACUCUUUACAACAACAGUGACGUGUAUAACUGAACCACGGGCAUGAGGAGGAACACAUAGUACUGAACACAGUAUCACAACGUUACUUGCAAGCCUUCAAGAACUGUAAGACCCUUUAGCACAGCAGUAACGAGUAUAACAAGAAAAACAGGAAGCCCACACUGCAUUAAGGACAGCAUUGCAUCAUUUCUGGUCUCUGUUGUCUGUCUCUGGUCUGUUCAGCGAUCUCGACCUCUUCAUAACAUCCGCGACGACCUCAUCUAAAGAACCCAAACUCGGUCACCCAUCACCAUCCCUCCCCAUCGCCAGUCCACGCGGGUUCCUGCUCUCCCUCCUCAUCAGCGCGGCUCAGGCCCGGACAACGACCCGCGCCACCGCUCACCAGCACUAAACGAGCGGCCGGGCGCCAGACGGCUCACCUCGACCUCCACCGAGCCGAGCACCGCCCACGAUAGAUGACUUUCUAAUCCUGCACGAUGGAGUGUGUUGCCGGUCUGCUGUGCAUCUCCUGCCUCGUGGGCGCCGCGGGAGGCUUCGCGCCCAGCAUCGAGGCGCCGCCCGCCACCUCCGAGCCGCCGCCCACCACCACCGUGGACGCCGCGCUGCUGCCGGCCUUCCUCGGCAGACACAACACCACCGUCACCGUCCACGCAGGAGACACCGCCACGCUCUCCUGCCACGUGGUGCGGCUCGGGGACAAGACGGUAACGUGGGCCCGAAGGAGAGGCAGUGACUUCCACAUCCUGACUGUCGGCCUCCAGACCUACUACAGCGACGAGAGGUACACGCUGAGCUACGAGUACCCCAACAACUGGAAGCUGCAGAUCCGUUACGCCCAGAAGAGGGACGAAGGGCUGUACGAGUGUCAGAUCUCUACCCACCCUCCCAGGAUCAUGAGGGUGUUCCUAUCCGUCUCAGUGCCGGACAUCGAGGUGCGUGACCCCCGGGGCGAGGCGGUGAGCGAGGCAUACUACCGCGUCGACUCCACGGUGGGCCUGCAGUGCGUGGUGAUGCCCGUCCCGCCCAGCCGCCCCGUGCUGUGGACCCGCAGCGGUAGGCCCGUUACCACCAUGCCGGAGCGGGGCAUCAGGGUGGACACCUCGCUCAUGGGCUCCGGCCUCAGCUCAUGGCUCCACAUCGCCCGCGCCGCCGUCAGUGACUCCGGCAACUACAGCUGCACCGCCGGGGACACUGUAUCCGCUGACGUCCGCGUGCACGUGCUGGAUGGCGAGAGCUCAGCCGCCAUGCAGCAUCCAAAAUCAGGAGGAAGCAGACCAGUGCCGCGCCCCGCCCACCACCUCCUCGUCCCCCUGCUGGCCAGCCUCCUCGUCCUCCUACUCGUCCACACCUAACCAGCGAGUUCCCUCCCCCCACCUGCCAGUGUCUGUACCCACACACCUACACUGCCACACCCACUGUCUCCCCACACUGUACAUAACCCACAUCCACACUGCUUCACGCUAUCAUUGCUGCAUCCAGGCGGUGUUCUUACUUAUAUCACCUGGUUUGUAGUCGCCCUGGUGUUACGUUGGAAAGACUGAAUGUAUGUGCGACACUCCUGGUGCUGCUACACCCACCCUCUCAGUGCUUAACAUACAUACAUACAUACAUACAUGCAUACUCCUACAUACAUACAUACAUACAUAUAUAUACACAGACUCUUUUGUAUAUGUUGUUUUGCAAAAUAAAUA